UCAGAGUGUGUUGAACGUGCUGAUAAACUCCCUCUCGUCAAGGCAGAGGGUUAUUUGCCAGAAGUGAAGGUGAAUGAAGAAGAUACAGGAAAGCUUAUUCCUGGGCUUAUCAAGAUAUUUAGUAGGGCUGCUAAGAUUUAUUACUUAACUGUAAAAUGAAUUCAGCUAUCCUCGAUUUCGCCAAUUACAGUACUCUGCUCGUCUGCAUGGUUCUGAAGUUUCCACAGAUUUUUUCAGUUUUCAAGGCAGGAUCUGCUAAGGGUUUGAGCGUUAAAAGUUUGCUACUGGAACUGACGGGAACAUGUGCACAUUUAUUAGUGCAGCUAGUAAAUUAGCUCAACUUCAGUGCUUAUGGCAAACAAAAGAUUCCGGACAAGUGAGUGCCCUUACCUGGGGUAUGGCAGUUUACACUUGCAUCACAAGAAUUUUGACCACUUUAAUGACGACUGGUGACUUUGGUGUUCUUGUUCGUUUUGUUGUCCUGACAGUUCUGAAUAGUUGGGUUUUAGCCACGGUUUUAUACUACAGGAAGGCUGGCAAGAAACAAGUUUAGUGAAGAUUCCAACACACUUCCUGCAAGCAGAUGGACCAAGAAAGCCUGAUUUCCAAGGCCAACAUUUUUGUUUUUUAUUAGAAAGAUUACUGCUAUGUUAAAAUGGUGGUUUUGUAUUUUCUGGUGGUUGUUCAUAGAUUAAAUACUCUGACAGUUUUAAAAGUA